AUCUGAACCAGUCUCAUUUCUCUUCACGCUUGACUCUCACUACUUCUUUAAUCCAACAAAAUGUCAACGCUACUCUUCGUCAAAUUUCCGCCGGUUCCUUCUGUACGGUUCCCGCACUCAAAUUCACUCCACAAUAUCCCCAAAUUCAGCCUUUUCAAUUGCAAAAACCCUCACUAUAAUUACAACUUAAAUCACACUAAAAUGUUGUCAAUUCAGAGAGCCAAUGCGGUUCCUUCGGUACAGGGAGCGGUAUCGGGUGCCAUGAACCUGAUGCAAUCAGCGCCUCCCACGUGGCAGUCUGCUUUGCUCAGUAACAUCGUGAUCUUCGUCUUGGGCUCUCCAAUUCUGCUUUCUGGUUUGUCUCUCUCCGGAAUUGCUGCCGCGUUCUUGCUCGGCACUCUUACGUGGCGCGCUUUUGGGCCCUCCGGGUUCCUUCUUGUAGCCACAUACUUCGUUAUCGGUACAGCAGCAACUAAAGUAAAAAUGGCCCAAAAGGAAGCUCAAGGGGUCGCUGAAAAGAGGAAAGGAAGAAGAGGACCAGGCAGUGUGAUUGGUUCCAGUGCUGCUGGUUGUGUCUGUGCUUUUCUCUCAAUAUAUGGAGUAGGGGGAAAGGCAUUUUAUCGGCUUUGGCAGGUUGGAUUUGUUUCCAGUUUUUGUACUAAGUUGAGUGAUACUGUCUCAAGUGAGAUAGGGAAGGCAUAUGGUAAAACAACGUAUCUAGUUACAACAUUCAAAGUAGUUCCGCGGGGAACAGAAGGGGCUGUUAGUGUUGAGGGAACAGUUGCUGGACUUUUAGCAUCAAUUAUUCUUGCCUCUGUUGGCUGUUACAUGGGACAGAUAAAUGCACCUGAGGCAGUUGUAUGCGUAAUAGCUUCCCAGAUUGCUAAUCUUGGUGAGAGCAUAAUAGGUGCUGCAUUUCAAGAAAAAGAAGGAUUUCGUUGGCUCAAUAAUGAUGCUGUGAAUGUCAUCAACAUAUCAAUGGGCAGCAUUUUAGCGGUACUGAUUCAGCAAUUUGUUCUCCAAAACUGGCGUACAUGAUUUCAUGCAGUCACUGGGAAGCAUGUGUCACACCACUGUGCCCUUCAAUGCUAAAAUUGAAAAGGUCAUAUUCAUUCUCAUACAAAUGAAAUAUACCUGAACACUUACUGCUACUUUCUGAUGUGGCUUUCUUACAUAUUUUUCUAUAACAAAGAAAACAUAAGAAUUUUUCUGUUACAUUCAAACAAAGAUCCCCACAAGUUUAGCAAACAACAAGGGAUUUGAAACAGGUUGGAGACAUAAUUGUUUUGUAGAUGUAAAUUGUGAUUUUUUUGUUCUUUUAACUUAUCAACAACCAAGGGAAUAUAUUUUGACAUUUUUAAAUUAAUAUUGGGAUGAUAUCAUCGAUUCAUCCCUUGUAUAGUUUGUAAGAUCCAUUACUUUAUGUAUUUCCUUGGUAGAUUUGGUGAUUAAAUGUCAUUUUUACUCUUGACUGAAACUUAGUAACUGAGAAUGCUUUGGUUAUUCUAUAUAAAUAAAUUGGGAUAAUUUCAUAGGGGCAGGAUGGAGUAUCCACUCUAAGCAAUGGUUUCUUCUUGCCGCCCUAUUUUUCCAUUUCUAUAUCUUUUUUUAUAUUCAAAAAUAGAUUAAAUUUAAAAAGUCAACGAUUAUAUAUAUAAUUAGAGCAAAUCUAUAC